GCGGAAACCGACGGCCCCGGCGCCGCCUCCCCUCGGCGGGCAGGGCCGGCCCCGGCAGCGCCGCCCCGUUCUCUCUCUCUCUCUCCCUCACACACAGAGACACGGACACGGGGAGACGCUUCCUGCGCCGGGCCGGCUUCCUCUGCCGCCGCCCCGCAGACCUGAGUUUCCGUUGUCACUUCUGUAUUAACUGAUGGAAGAUGUGUAGCUGAAUGAAUUGGUGCACGUAACACGGCUUCAAGAUACGGUGAGAAUGGUGUUGGAUCUAAAGUUGCUAGAUGCAUCUGAAUUGCACCUGGAGGUAGACUUCUACCAAGAAGGUGAAGUUGCUGAGUUUCAGAGUCGGUGCAAAAAAAGUUAUUCCUUUCUUUGUACAAUGGAACCAGAUGUGCAACUGGAGUUUUUACAGGGAACUUUCAUUCUUCAAUAACAGUGAUUGGGACUGUUUUAUUCUCAGUAUUGGCACUGUUAGAGCACAUGAUUCAUUUUUGUCUCAUGCUAGCUUUAGCAAGGAAACCACAUGCAUAUUGCAGCCUACCAAGGCUGUAGAGAAGUACAUUUCCAAUUGCACGCAGACCAGCCGUCGAGGAUACUUACUUAUUCCAUGGAAGCUGCGUCCUGUGUUACAAAGUAGACUUGGGAAAAAAUGAAUCUCUUGCACAGAUGUGUUUUGCCUUCGCUGUAGGCAGCAGUUCUGCACUGUAUGAAGAAUUGAGCUGACGAUAAUGCUCCAUUCUUGAAAUCUGAGUUAGUUUUUGUAGGUUGUUUAUGCUGGCUGUUUCCCCACCCUCCCAUCCUCCACCACAACCCCACGCUGCAUUUGUUGAAUUUGUUUCAACAGCCCCCGGAAAGGGCUGAGUUGAGAUUAGAGCCUGGGUUUUAUACCUGUGCAGUAAUCCUUAGAGCUGAGGGGAAGGGCUCUUGUUGUGAUAGCUGCUGGAGUUUGCUAAGAGCUUCUGGCAUCGUGUCUGAGUGCAUUGCAUUGAUCCGGGCUUGCUGGGAGAUGGCAAACGCAAACACAGGUUUGUCCAGAUCACAGUCCACUGAGCUGGAACUCUAGGUGAACUCCAGAUAACUGGGUAAUGUUUGAUAAAGUCGAUGGGUUAUCUGGAAGGAGACGUGGCCAUUUGUGAAUCCGAAACUCGAAGCUCUUCAGCUUUGGUUUUCAUUUGAAUGCCCGCAUCCUCUCUGGUUUGUCUGGUUUCUUUGUUAGGCACUUGUUUUUCUCCCAGGGGCUGCUUUUUUUUUUUUUCCUUUUCCAAGAACCAAGUCAUGUUGGCAGGAGCUGUGGAAGCUGAAUGUCGUUCUCCUUGAGUGUUUGCAUGCAGGUUUGUAAAAUUCCUAUCUUAAAUCUGUUUCAGCUAUUGCAGGCUUUUGUUAGGGUCCUUCUACCUGACGUAUGGUGCCACGUGAACCAGCAGCACUGACAGAAGUGGAAGGGGCUGUUUAUUAUAUACACGCGUGUCUAGCUGGGAGUAAUGUGAGGAUGGCUCGCGGCAUCCUUACAGAGUGAGCUGACUGAGGGCACUUCCACGUGCAGCUCAGCUCUGGGGGUCUGGCACAGCCGCUGUCAGGUUUGCGAACGUGCCUUCGUGCCUGCGCACGGCUUGUUCGGAGCGAACGCCUGCCUUUGGAGUGGAAAUGCAAGGUGUUAGUGCUGUGGCACUGCAGCAGAGGGGAACCCCUGCAAGCUGUAAAAUGCUGAGUGGAUAGAGGGGGCUUUGGGGUUAGUUUUUGAGGACUUUUUAGUAUUGCUGUCUGUUCCCCAACCAGCCGGUGUGAGGUAUUCUGCCACUGUCACGGGGUCAGUAUCUGCUGGCUGUUACAGAAAUCCCUCAGUCUUAAGUGAUCCACAGCGCCUUCAAACUGUUAGCUUUGGCUCUGUUUCCUGCUUUUAGAAUAAUUCAAAUGACACUUUCCUCCUCGAGGCAUCUGCUUUGUUUUUGAAGAUGGGAAAGAAGACAAAUGCCCUGCUGUCUGCCCUCCUUCCGUCUGGGUCAGGCUGCGUGGCUGAAGGGACGAGGUAGGCGGCUGGGGGGCUCGCGCCGCUUCCCUGCUGAGCCGCUGGGAGCAUGGGGACAUGGCAGGAAGCUUCGCUCUGCCAGCCUCUCUAGCUCUUGCUGCCACUGCUUUGUUCUCCUCCUGGCUCUGGCUGGUGCAGAGAAUUCACCUGAAGCCUGGAGCUGGCUGCGUGGGGAGCGUGCCUGAUAGAGCCGUAGUCUCCAGCUGCAAAACUGAAUCUGUCCUCCCCCUCUUCCUGCUGCUCUGCAAUCAGCUUCUGAGUCGGGAAUGCAGCCUCCGAGUUGGGUGAAGUCCCCGUUGUACUCUGCAACUGCUUCCAAAGCAUCUGUCGGCAAGGAAAUCUGACGUCAGCAGUGCCAGGGCGAGGGCUGCCUUGCGCACGGUCGGUCCCCUCGUUCGUCGUGGGUGAUGCCUUGUUGGGAUCGAAGCAGAGUUAGCAGGGGAAAGAAACCAUCGCGAAUGCUGUCUGCAGCCUGGUAUUCGCUGUGUGUCUUCUCUGGGUAGAAAAUGUACCUGACAAACUACGUGGAAUUCCUGUGAAGAAUUUGCUGCAAGCAAAGAUGUGUGAAUUUUCCGCGUGAAGACUCUCAAACUGGAUUACAUAAUAAUAUGACUUAAGCAUGUAUCCUCUGGCUCUCUUAUUUUGAUCCUUAAAAAUGAGUAGGGUUGUAUGUGAAAUUUAACCCAUUUUUGAUGAGUGAUCUAGACAUGAGUUUACAUCGGCAAAUGGGCUCUGAUCGGGACCUCCAGUCUUCUGCUUCUUCUGCGAGUUUGCCUUCGGUUAAAAAGGCACCAAAGAAAAGAAGAAUUUCCUUGGGCUCUCUUUUUCGGAGAAAAAAGGACACAAAACGCAAGUCUAGGGAUUUAAAUGGAGGUGUUGAUGGAAUUGCGAGUAUUGAAAGCAUUCAUUCAGAAAUGUGUACAGACAAGAACUCUAUUUUCUCCACGUGUACCUCUUCUGAUAAUGGAACAACCUCUAGUGGCAAACCAAGCGGAGACUUCAUGGAAUGCCCCUUGUGCCUUUUGCGGCACUCCAAGGACAGGUUCCCAGAGAUAAUGACUUGUCACCAUAGGUCUUGUGUGGAUUGCUUGCGUCAGUAUCUCCGGAUAGAAAUCUCUGAGAGUAGAGUUAAUAUUAGCUGUCCAGAAUGCUCAGAACGAUUUAAUCCUCAUGAUAUCCGUUUGAUACUAAACGACGACAUCUUGAUGGAAAAAUAUGAAGAGUUCAUGCUUAGGCGAUGGCUAGUUGCGGAUCCUGAUUGUAGGUGGUGCCCAGCUCCAGAUUGCGGAUACGCUGUGAUCGCGUUUGGAUGCGCCAGCUGUCCCAAACUUACAUGUGGACGAGAAGGCUGCGGGACUGAGUUUUGCUAUCACUGUAAGCAGAUUUGGCACCCAAACCAGACCUGCGAUGCGGCUCGCCAGGAGAGAGCUCAAAGUCUGCGCCUGAGAACAAUUCGUUCUUCGUCUAUCAGUUACAGCCAGGAAUCUGGAGCAGCAGCUGAUGACAUAAAGCCAUGCCCACGCUGUGCUGCUUAUAUAAUAAAAAUGAAUGAUGGAAGCUGCAAUCAUAUGACUUGUGCUGUCUGUGGCUGUGAGUUCUGCUGGCUGUGUAUGAAAGAGAUCUCAGAUUUACACUAUUUAAGCCCAUCAGGUUGCACAUUUUGGGGAAAGAAACCAUGGAGCCGUAAGAAGAAAAUACUGUGGCAACUCGGGACGCUCGUUGGAGCUCCUGUAGGAAUUGCAUUAAUAGCUGGCAUUGCUAUUCCUGCUAUGAUUAUUGGAAUUCCUGUGUAUGUGGGACGGAAGAUUCACAAUCGAUACGAAGGCAAAGACAUUUCAAAGCACAAGCGAAAUUUGGCCAUAGCAGGUGGUGUAACCCUAUCUGUAAUUGUUUCUCCAGUUGUAGCUGCAGUAACUGUAGGUAUUGGUGUUCCUAUUAUGCUGGCGUACGUGUAUGGAGUCGUUCCAAUUUCCCUCUGCCGAAGUGGAGGUUGUGGCGUUUCAGCAGGCAACGGGAAAGGUGUCAGGAUAGAAUUUGACGAUGAAAAUGAUAUAAAUGUUGGUGGAACAAAUGCAGCUGUAGACACCACUUCAGUAGCAGAGGCACGCCACAACCCCAGCAUAGGUGAAGGGAGUGUCGGAGGACUGACCGGCAGCUUGAGUGCAAGUGGUAGCCACAUGGAUAGAAUAGGAGCCAUCCGAGACAACCUCAGUGAAACUGCUAGCACCAUGGCCCUGGCUGGAGCCAGUAUAACAGGGAGCCUCUCAGGAAGUGCAAUGGUUAACUGCUUUAACAGACUGGAAGUACAAGCAGAUGUGCAGAAAGAACGAUACAGUCUGAGCGGAGAAUCUGGCACAGUGAGCUUGGGAACAGUUAGUGAUAACGCCAGUACCAAAGCGAUGGCAGGAUCCAUUCUGAACUCCUAUAUCCCUUUGGACAGGGAAGGCAACAGUAUGGAAGUACAAGUGGAUAUUGAAUCAAAGCCAGCCAAAUUCAGACACAACAGUGGAAGCAGCAGUGUUGACGAUGGCAGUGCUGCAGGUCGUAGUAAUGCUGGCUGUUCCUCGGCCUGCGUGCCAGAAAGUAAAUCUAGUGCCACCAAGUGGUCCAAAGAAACAACAGCAGGAAAAAAAUGUAAAGGUAAGCUGCGAAAGAAGAGUAGCAUGAAGAUAAACGAGACAAGAGAGGACAUGGAUGCUCAGCUGUUGGAACAACAAAGCACAAACUCCAGUGAAUUUGACUCUCCCUCUCUUAGCGAUAGUAUUCCAUCUGUAGCAGAUUCUCACUCGAGUCAUUUUUCUGAGUUCAGUUGCUCAGAUAUGGAAAGUAUGAAAACUUCCUGUAGCCACGGUUCCAGCGACUAUCACACUCGCUUUACCACGGUCAGUGUUCUCCCAGAGGUGGAAAACGACCGCUUGGAAAACUCUCCCCAGGCAAGUGGAAUCCCCGCGCCUGUUCCAGCAGCCCCAAGCACUGAUGUUCCACAGCUGAGUUACAUCGCUGAGGAAAGCGUUAAUAAUGCAUCUGCGACAGAUGGAGAGUUAGUUGUUGGUGAAACGCUGAAAGAAACAAACAACAACCAUUCACAACAUGCUGCGGAAUUAAGCACUGCUAUCCAGACUGAAAUUUAAGCCAAAAAGUGCUGCAAAAACGUAUUUACCACUAACAAACCCUGCCUGAAAGCUGGUUGAAUUACAUGCGAUGACUUGCGUAAGUUUCAGGUGACCAGAAGAAGCAAGGUUUUGAUACAACUGUAUUUUAUAUAUACCUGUCUAAUAAAGAAGAGUACUUCAUAUGGAUCCUAGACCUGUGUGAAGGGGCACGAAGGCUUUAACAAGUGCAUUACAGCAGUACAAAUACAUCCAUGUUUUUUUAUUUUUUGCCACGACUUUGCUUGAAAGCAUAUGCUUGGUGUACUUAGAUAAAAAAAUAAAUAAAAAAAAUUGGGUAAUCGUUAAUAUGUUAAAUGCUAAAAUGAAUACUGUGUCCUGCACUGUUCACUUGAAAAAUAGGGGGUUUGGGAUAAAUGGGUGUUAGCUGAGCAUUAGUGACUUAAAACCAUUCUAGUGUGAACUCUAAGGGAAGCAAAAGUUUUGCAGAGACCUGUCCAAACAUCUUCCAGCAGUGAAUAUUCAUAAGGAUCGUUUUGUUUCAUAACUGGACACACUAUUUAGAAUGCAUGUAGAAUGAAUUGCGUGUCUUCGGGUGGAUGUAGCCUGUGUCAGAAGCGUUUGCGUGUACACUUUGAGCAAGGUUACGGCAUUUUACAUAGUUUUGAAACAGAAGAAAUUGGUACUUAAUGCGUGGUGGAAUGGAGACAUCACCAGUGAAGAGCAGUGGGGUCACUUAUUUAUUCAUGCAACCAACCAUGCAGCAGAUAAGGCUACUAUAUAUCGUGUAAAACCUGUAGAAUAACAAUCCAUUGAUUUAUAAGCAUUGUAGAAAAGCAGAUGCAGUCACCUUUCAUGGGGGGGGGGAAAAUGGUGCCCCAUCCAUUCUUGGUGCCUUCGGAAAAGACUAGGUUUGAAGUGCCUGGUCGUUUGAGGAUUUUACUGUAAUGUUUUCCAGAACGUCCUCUUUGGCCACCUUCAAUCACAAAAGAAAAUUCUAGUGAAUAAAAUGACUGUGGUAGAUAAAUGUAUAAUAAUAAUGAAGUAUUAGCCUACCAAAGACUCACUCAGGCUUUCGUGAAUGACGUUCACGUGACAUCUCGUUGCAAGACGUGCAUACCUGCAGUCCCAGAAUCAGAGUGCAGUGCAAUGACUGCCCACGUGCAAAGAUGGGUUCCAAAUAUGCUGGCUUUUUUUUGUUUCUUUUGCAUACGGAAGAUGUACAGCUGAACACAAGCUGAAGUUGGCCAAAGCGCCUGCACUGUUAAUGUUUUUUUUUUUUUUUUUUUUUGCUAUGUAAAUCACUAAAAAUGGGAAAAGAAAUUGUGAAUAUCAGAAUAACAGUUAACAAUGUUCUGUCUUGUGUUUCAUGUAUUGCCAUUAUGGUGCUACUGGAAGUUUGGUUGGAUAAAAAGAAAAUGCCAUGAGCUGCAGUCUUCUUCCAUGACUUACCCUCACCGGUUUCAUUAAUAUGCUUAUAACACUAGUGCCAGUUAUGUUAUUUGAUAAUGCUUGUUACAGUAUUUGUAUAUUUGCAAUUCAGUUUUGCUCAAUAAUAUGCGUGUAAACUGCAUAUCUGAAAUAAAUGUCUAAAU